AUGAAGAAAUUUUCUAACUACAUCAACUCAUUGAUUGGGAAAGGAAACACUCCAUUUUUAUAGAAGUUUAAUUCAAGUUCAUUAAUGAAUAAUACUCCAGUAAUUUUGAUGACAGAUAUUCUAUAUUUAAUUGAAUGUUUUGAAGGUUAUGGGCCAGAAUGUCAAGGAAUUUAUUUGACAGGACAAGAAUAUUUAUAACAAUUUUUUCAGGAACUAUCUUAAAAACCUUUGAGUGGGUUGAUGGCAGUAAAAAUUUCAUUAACAAUCCAUUUGGUUUUAUAUGAGUUCCAAAUAGGGGAAAUUGUGGCUGAAGAGAUGAUAUCAAGAGAUUAUAAGUUGUAAGUAAUUGAGAAUCAGAGUCAUGGACAAUUUGUGUAGAAUUAUUUGAUGUACCUAUUCAAGUUGGCUUAGAAUUUGAAAUUGUUCUACUCUUGUAAAAUUGGACAAUAUCCAAUCUUUGAUUAGGAGGUUACUUAUACAAAUUACACUGAAUCAACAAGAGAAAAUCAAAUUAACUAAUUCAAAAUGUUCAAGAAAUAAUCUAACUUUAAGGAUACUAACCUUCAAUAUCGUGAGUAUUAAUAGAAGAAGCUAGAAAAUCAUUUAUCAAAUAAAACUGGAUAUAUAACAAUAGAUUAGAAGAUCCUCUAUUUAUUUAAAUUGCUAAAUUUAUUGAAUCAAUGCAUACAAAUAUUGAAUUUGAGUCUAGGGGUUUGUUAGAUAGAAUAAUAGGAUGUCAAAAGCAUCUAUGUAGAGAUCUGUUGUGUGCUUUGGAAUGAUGCUAUGGUGAUGUACAAAUUUGCAACUUUAGAGAUAUGCAAAAUACUAGAUUCAUUUCGUUUCUUGCCACUCUAAUAACUAUAAUCAUUAUAAUAGGUAUAUUGGGCAACAACUAAUUCUACAAAGAGUAUAAAGUGGAUAUAUAAUAAUAGAAAGUACUUUGAUAGUUAAAACAUUGUGAAAUAGCCCUUUUGGUUUGAAGAGAAUAACCAAAUAAUCAGAGAUAUAUAAAGCAGUAUAAUUGAUAGUAAGAUUAAUUCAAUUCCAGAGUCCUGUCGUUAACUGAAGCUAUAGACUCCUCAAAGUUCUAAAUUGAAAUCUCCUAUUCAAAUCUAAUAACCUUAUUCUGGAAGAAUCUUAAAUUAAAGAAAUCAGCCUUUUUUUGUGGCCCAUAAGAAACUGCAGGAAUCAAUCUCUCAAUACACUGAGAUAAAGGAUCAAAGUUAGUAACAGAAUAAUUAAAAGAAUAACAACAUAAAACAUGCAAUUUAUCCAAUAUUUUCAGACUAAGAGAUGCAAUUGUCUCCAAAGUUGUAAUAAUAAGAAUUAAUUAAAUGA